AUGAUCACCAAAUUCCUCACUGAGGUCACCACAAGUUUCAACCCGUUCUCCCCCAAAGCGAAAACGGCCCGCAUAUUCCUCUCCUUCCUCCCGCCAAAUGCGCGGCAGUCGAUGAAAGUCGACACGAAGCUGUUGCCGCGAUCGUCGAGGGAGAAGAGCUUUGUUGCGCUGAAAUUCAAAGACGGAAAGGAGAUGAAGCUGGAUGCGGAGAAAUUGGGGAUCAAGGGUGUGGUGGAAGAGGCGGACAGACACUCGCGGAUAUUGUCGAGACAGGAGGAGUUGAAUGGGAAUUGA